CACAACUGUCGAAUCACGAACAUACAGUGUGAUUGCGUUUAGUGACAGACGUUUGCUAUCAGCAUCAAGUUAUGGAAAACGAACUGGAAGAGCAGUUUAUCUUACGUCUCCCCUCCAAACAAGCCAAAACCGUCCGUAAGGCGCUACUUAAGGGAAAGAAAAAGAAGUUCAAAAAUGUGCUUUCCAUUUCGCUCGACAACGACAAGGAGAUACGCACGGGCGAGGUGAGGGUGAAGACGGAGACACUUCAGGCGAAAAUGGUCAACCUCCCUUGCGUAAUCGACUCGAAUACCACGACCGAUAAGACCUACAUCUUCAAGACGGCGAAUAUUUCGCAGAUGUUGGUCUGCGAGAAAACGCCGACGGAGGGCUCUUCGUCCCAACACCCGCACGGCUUGGCGCCGCCCUUAAAGAACGUGAGGAAGCAGAGGUUUCGGAAGGUGUUGCAUAACAAGGAAAAUAUCGAGGAGGUCGUCGAGCUGGAGAGGGAGCUGCUUCUGCUACUGAGGGCCGACAGUGAAGCGUGUUCCACUCGGUUUGAGAUACGGUACGAAGACCAGCCUCCCAUCGUGAACGAACGUGUCCUCUUUGGGGAGCCCAUAAGUGAUUCAGGUGGAUCCAGCGAAUCUUCCGAAGAGGUGGACAACGUGCAAUAAUUGAGCAAAAUGUAUAGGUAUUUAUUUAUUGUAUCCAGA